CUCCAGGCACCGCUGCGGCACGGCGGGUCCGGAGGAGGGCGAGGCGGCGGAGCUGCUGGCCAUGGGCUUCAGCCGGGCGCAGGCCCGGCGGCUCCGCCUGCUGCAACCGGGGCUCGAGCCGCAGAGGCGGGCGGAGGCGGCGGCGCAGCUGCUGCUGCUGGGGCUGAGCGCGGAGGCCGCGCUGGAGCUGCUGGAGCGGAGCCCGAGGCUGCUGCGGAUGGCGACCGCGCGGCUGAAGGAGCGCGCCGAGUACCUGCGGCGGCUGGGGCUGGAAGGAGCGCGGCUGCAGAGCGCGGCGGGCCGCUGCCCCGAGGUGUGGACGCUGCCCCGGAGGAGGAUGGAGGCGGUGGUGCGGAUGCUGCGGGAGCGGUGUCUGUUCACGGCCGAGCAGCUGGCCGAGCUGCUGCGGAGCUGCCCCGACGUGCUGCUGGAGGAGCCGGACCGCGUGCAGCAUCACUUCCAGUACGCGUACUUCAGGAUGGGCGUCCGGCAGAAGGAGAUGGUGAAGGCCCGGCUGUUCUGCACGCCCUUCGCCGAGCUGAGGAACCGCCACAUCUUCCUGGAGCGCCGCGGGAUUUACCGCACCCCGCACAAGGGUCAGAGCCAGAGCGACAACCCCGCGCUGCGGGACGUCCUGCGGCCGACCGAGGGCGACUUCGUGGCCGGCAUUGCCAGAGCCUCAGCCGAGGAGUACGAGGUGUUCAAGAGGCUGCUGGCCCGGGAGGAGGAGGAGGAGGAGGAGGAAGAGAUGGAGGAUGAGGAGGAGGAGGAGGAAGAGGAGGGCAGCGCUGCACUGCAUGCAGAGGGAGAUGAUAGGGACUGGCACCGAUAGGAACUGGCACCAAGCCCUCCCCAGCUGCCCUGUGUCCCCCACCACCUCAGUGACCAGCUGCUCCACAGAACAUACCGUUUCUAUAAAGUGUUUUUAUU